AUUACCUACUUACCUCUAACCCAUACACACUAGGUAGUAGAUAGAUAGGUAAAUAGGUAAGCGAUAAAUAGCCAAGUCCAGAGAACCAGGAUCAGACCCCAGCCCAUCCAUCAUCCAUCCACCCACCCAUCAAUCAAUCCAUCCCUCCAUCAUCGACCAACCUUCCACAUUAGUCGACCCAAGAAAUCCCGACCCCAUUUGAUGGGUAGGUUUGUAGGUAUUUGGUUAGAUACCCGACCGAACCAAGACCGUACCUAUGUACUAUGUAUAUACCAAACUAGCACCGUGCGGAGAAAUGACGGGGAAUGUAAAUCGGUCAUUACGUCAAGAGGGGUGCAUUGUUGCUUUUUUUUGCUUUUGAUUUUCCUCUUUGGUUUGAUUUGAUUAAUUGGUCAUUCUGGUUGGCUUAUUCGAUUGAUUGAUUAUUGAUUGAAGUGCUUGAUGGCUUGGUUAUGUCGGCUCGGCACAGCUCAGGUACUAGCCUUGUAGAUGACUAGUAGGUAAUAGGUAGGGAGGAGGAGGAGGAG